AUGACUGAUAAAAAUAAUGAGAAUAAAGUGAGUGGAUUAGAUAAUACCCAAUUUUUACAUGACAUGAAAAUGGUUAUACCACCAACAACUACUUCAACACCAACACCAACACCAACACCAAUUCCAACAAAUACAAAUACAACUACAACUACAACUACAACAACUACAACUACACCAACACCAAUUCCAAUUAAAAUCAAUUCAAAUAUAUCAUCAACAACUAUGAAUGCAUUGGAUAAACUUCAACAAUCACCAUCACCAUCGGAACAUAAGAUAUCAUUAUUAAAUUCAUUAAAUCAACCAAACAGAUUAAGAACAUUGAAUAGAGCAUCAUCAUUACAAAAUUUAUCAACUUCUAGUGACGGUACUAGAAAUCAUAUUGAUAAGCAUUCUAUACAUCAUCAUGGUGGUGUAAAGAAUAAGGAAGAGCAAGAACAAGAAGUAGAAGAUAAAUUCAAUUUAAUAAAAUAUGAUGCAACCAAUUCAAAUCAUCCAACACCAUCUUCAAAAUAUGAUUUCGUUAAAGUUAAAGUACAAUUAGAGAAUCAUUAUUAUGUUUUAUCACGUUUUUUAAUUAGUAGAGUUUUAAAUGUCACAAAAGUUGAUGCUGCUGAUUCCGUUAAAAUCUCUUUAGCUUUAAAAAAAACUUUAGUUGAUCAAGGUCGUUUAACAAUUACUCAAUCUGAAUUAGAAAAUGAAUUAUUUAAACUCUUACAAUCAUAUGGUUAUGGUAAAGAAUAUAUUGAAAGAUAUAAAAUGACAACACAAUUUCAUCACCAAAGAGUACCAUUAAUUAUUUUAAUAUCAGGACCAAAGUAUAUAGGUAAAUCAUGGUUAGCAACACAAUUAGCAGAGAGAUUAAAUUUAUCAACAGUAUUACAAACUACAUUAGUUCAUGAUUUAAUGUUUACUAUUAUUAAAGAGUUUCAACCAAAAUCAUCAGAUGAAGAAGUUACAGGUAGUCAUCCAUCAAAUUUAUUUGGUAUGCCAUCAGAUCCACCAAUUGUAUUUAAAAAUCAUAAAUCUAAAGAGGAACUUUUAACAGAGUUUAAAAAGGAAUGCAUCAUGAUUAGACAUGGCGUUGAUACUGAUAUUGAGAAAUGUUUUGAAGAGGGUAAAGCAAUCAUCAUUGAAGGACCACAUAUUGAUCCCUCUUUAUUCAUUGAAUUAAUCGCUGAAAGAAAUAUGAUCUCACCAAUUCAAUUUGUUUUUGAAAAAACUCAAUCAAAUGAAGAUUUAAUUAAAUUAGAAUUGGAAAAACAAAUUUUAUAUCAACAACAACAAGAUCUUUUAAAACAAAGAAAUUUAAAAAAUAAUACUUAUACUUUUGAUAAUUCAAAUAUAAAUAAUAAAGAUAAUACUCAAAAUAUAGAUAAAAAUAUAAAUACAAAUACGAAUAAAAAUAUAAAUGAUAAUAAUGAUAAUGAUAAUGAUGAUGAUGAUAUAAAUAAAAAAAAUACAAAUGUAGAUAAUAAUAAUAAUAAUAAUAAUAAUAAUAAUAAUAAUAAAAAUAAUAUACCGAUUGUACAAACAGUUAUACCCGAUGAAAUACCACCAUCAAUAAAUGAUAAUAAUAGUAAUAAUAAAGAUAAUAAAGAUAAAGAUAAUAAAGAUAAAGAUAAUAAUAAUAAUUUAAAUAAUGAAGAUGAAAUUAGGAGAAAAAAAGAAGAAAAAGAAUCAAAGAAAUUAGCAACAGCAGCAUUAAUUAAUAGUUUAAGAAAACCAAAAGCAAAAGGUAUUGUAAUACCAUUUGUUUUAAGUAUUGAUCCAAAGGAUCAUAAAUUUUUAAUUCAAAAUUGGUUAUCAACAAGUCCAUACGAUCAAGCAAAUGCUGAAAAAGCAUUUGGUUCUGAUCCAGAGAAACAAACUGAAUCCAUUUUAAAUAAUUUACAAACUAUUCAAGAUUAUCUUUGUACUGGUGUACCACCUUUUCAAAGAGUUGAAGUUAAUUCUCAUUGUUUAUUAGAUACUUUAGAUGUAUUACAUAGUGCUGUUUUAAAAAGAAUUAAUACUGCUUAUUCUGGUCAUGUUAAAGGUUUUGAUUAUGAAUCUUAA